AUGGCCUAUCACAAAGUGAAUGCAGACCAGAGAGCACAGGGGCACUCUCCGUACCUGGACAACGAUGAGCUCCAAGCCACAGCGCUGGAACUGGAAUGGGACAUGGAAAAAGAGCUGGAGGAGCCUGGCUUUGACCAUUUCCGACUGGAUGGUGCGGUCCAGCAUCACCUGGGAAACUCGCAGAGCCCUGACCUUGAUCUGGAGCCCAUCCAGCCAUCAUCUUCUCCAAAGGGAAGAUUCCAGCGGCUUCAGGAAGACCCUGACUACAUCUCACACUAUACGAGACAGGCACCAAAGAGCAACCGCUGCAAUUUUUUUCAGAUACUGAAAGUAUUUUGCACUGCUUUGAUUUUAUUUAUUUUUGGAAUUGUGAUAGGAUAUUAUGCACGCAAGAAAUGCCCUUCUCCCCCAACGUCUCAAGAACCAAAUAACCUUCAUAUCUACCAUGAAAUUCUCAAGGAAAUCAAAGCUGAAAAUAUUCAACAGAUUUACAGAGAUUUGUUACAGUUCCCUGGAGAAGAUGAUGUAGACAUUGCAAUGAAAAUUCUCGUUCAGUGGAGUUCCCAAGGCCUUGAAGAUGUCCGGCUGGUAAAUUACUCUGUUUUGCUUGACCUACCGGGCUCUUCUUCAAACACAGUAACUCUGAAAAACAGCGGUGAAUGCUUUUAUCCUAGUGGACAACAGUGCAACAGAGAGCCCAAAACGCUUCACAGCCAAGACCUCCUAUACUCGUAUGCAGCUUACUCUGCCAAAGGAACUCUUGAGGUAAUAUGA